AUACUAAAGGAAUACAAAGAAUAUAUGGAAAUAAUAUUGCAAAUGCUUCAAGAUGCAAAACUUCUUAUAGAACUUGCAAAGAGUUAUUUUUAUAUACAAAAAGUUAACUAUCUUAGAUUUAUAAUUAAAUCAGAAUAUAUCAAGCUAUAG